AAUUUGUGUCUGCUCUGGCGACGUGCUCUACACCACGGUAAACAUUUUAUAUUAUAGUCAGAACAUCAAGGAUGUUGACAAAGAAUACCUUCAUAACACUAUUAAUAGUUGCCUGCCUAGUCAUUAGGGAAAUACAGUGUACCAAGGGUGAAUUUGUAUCUGAAGAGGAUUUUGAUAGAAUUAUAAGCGGUGAAGCGAUUUCAAAUGACGAUAUAGUAAGAGAAUUUAUGCGACCGGACACCAUGGACGACGAGAGUGACUCUGUGACACCGCAGUUUAGAAGAAUAUUGAUGAUGCUGGCUCAAUAUAUAUCAUCGGAAAGUGGACCAGAUUAUAUAUGGCUUAAAAUACAGAAGAGUGCGCCCAAAGAAACAUAAGUUUAUACAAAUUAUAAAUAAUAGUUUUAAUAAAAAUGAAAUUAAUUUCAAACAAA